AUGCCUCCUCAGCGGACUGGCUUUGUGCCAGUCCAACAACCAGGACAGCCACCACCCGUACAACAGCAGCAGCAACAGCAACAACAACAACAACAGCAGCAGCAACAGCAAUUGUAUCAGAUAAGCGGCUAUCUGGUAACGCUGACGGUUGCCACCACCAGUGCGCAUUACGAUGUUUUUUUUUUUCUUUUUUACAGUGUUUUGCCCUGGUACAGGAAGUACCAUGUUAUAGCACUGUUCAAAUCGUUGUCGUAG